AUGCAGCAUACAGUGUCUAUCAUCGGCGCUGGACCAGCCGGAUUUGCCCUCGCUGCCGAUCUCCAACUCCACGGGACGAGUGUAUUGGUGUAUUCCCACCCAACUCACCUACGCCAUGCGAAUAAUGUCAAGGACAAAGGCUACUUGAGAGCCAGGGGCGCAUUCGAAGGAUUCGCAACAUUGCAGCUCACGUCUGAUAUGAGCGAGGCCAUUGAGUUCUCAAAUAUCAUCAUUCUCACCGUCCCAUCAACUGGCCAGGAGACAGUGCUGCAAGACCUCAAGGGCUACACACUGAAUCGACAUACCAUUAUCGCAGUGCCAGGAAAUUUGUUCUCUCUCAUCAAAGACGCUGAGAUGGAGGUCGGUUGUAUUAUGGAAACCAACCUGUCGCCAUACUCAUGCAGGAUGGAUGAGGAGGGCUUGGUUGUGCUAGGAAAGAAGAAUCUCGUCUUCAUUGCGGCUUUGCAAAGACAACUGAAUCCGGCCGUUUGCGACAUGAUACAAGCCAUCUUCCCAAUCAGACUCAAGUGGUGCAGCAGCAUUAUCGAAGUCUGCCUGUCGAAUAUCAACGGUAUUUUUCAUCCACUGAUGAUGUUGAUGAAUGCUGGUCGCAUCGAGAGUACAGACGGCGACUUUUUCCUGUAUCGUGACGGGCUAACGCCCUCCGUUGAAAACGCCAUGCUGGCUGUUGACCGGGUACGAAUCGAAAUUGGCCACGCUUUCGGGCUCCGUCUGAAAAGUGCCGUCGAAGUCUCGAAUGAGUGCUACGGCCAUGGCUUCAGAAGCUUGGUAGAGCUGGCGCAAAAUUCGGGACCACACAACCAACUCAAAGCUCCAGGUGAUCUCGACAACCGAAAUAUCUCGGAGGACGUUCCGGAUCUCCUGGUUUCCUGGCACAGCCUUGCCGAAAAGCUCGGGAUAGAUUCGUCUCCCAUCAAGGCUGUGAUUAUUCUCGUCGAAAUGGCCACAGGCAUCAACUACUUGGAAACUGGGAGGAAUCUGCAAAAGCUCAAGUUGGAUCAUGUCACGCGGAACGAACUGAUCGGAAGGUUUAGCCCCAUGUUCGGAGUGAAGGAAACUCGACUGUGA